CGGCCGAGGCUGCGGGAAAAUGGCGGCCGCCAUGGCAGCAUCCCCCUUGACGGUCACCUUAGGGCGGCUGGUGUCCGCGUGCAGCCGCAGCAUCCUGAGACCUUCGGGGCCCGGAGCAGCCUCCCUUUGGUCUGCUUCUCGAAGGUUCAAUUCACAGAGCACUUCAUUUCCACCAGGAUAUGUUCCUAGAACAUCCCUGAGUUCACCACCUUGGCCGGAAGUUGUUCUGCCAGACCCAGUUGAGGAGACCAGACACCAUGCAGAGGUCGUAAGGAGGGUGAAUGAGCUGAUUGCCACGGGGCAGUAUGGCCGGCUCUUCGCCGUGGUGCACUUCGCCAGCCGCCAGUGGAAGGUGACCGCUGAAGACCUGAUCUUAAUUGGAAAUGAACUAGACCUUGCGUGUGGAGAGAGAAUUCGACUGGAGAAGGUCCUGCUGGUUGGGGCAGAUAACUUCACGCUGCUUGGCAAGCCACUCCUCGGAAAGGAUCUUGUUCGAGUAGAAGCCACAGUCAUUGAAAAGACAGAAUCAUGGCCAAGAAUCAUUAUGAGAUUUAGGAAAAGGAAAAACUUCAAGAAGAAAAGAAGUAAGUUAGAGAAAGUAUCGCUGGGCCCUGCUGCACGGUGCUGGUUGCCCAGGCUCAUGCAGACGGAGGGUGUGGGGCACCUGGGUCUCAGGAGAGGAAGCCCAGGCAGGUCUCAAUCCAGCUGCCACUGCCCACUUGUCACCCUCAUCCUAGAGGGAGCACCCAAAGGACCCAGCCUCACUUCCCUGCUCCUCCACCCUCCACGUGUGAACCUAUGA